CUCUGUUUGACUUUGCGUUCAGACACAAAGACAUUAAGUUCUUGUCCGUAACCUAAAAAACUAACAUUCUAGAGAGAUUGAGAUCGAAGAGAAGAGAGAGAUCUGGGUUUCUUGAAGCUGUUUGGCAGUGAGAGGAUCUUUUAUGGGUGGUUUUAUAAUUACAAAGAUUUGAGCUUCUUUUUUUAUUUUAUCUUCGAAACCCAGAUUUCAAGUGUGAGGCCAAAGAUAGUUUUUUUUCUAGGGGGUUAAAUAAGUGAGGAUUGCCAGAAAAAUAUAUAGAAGAUGGUUGCAAGAACCCCACAAAAGCUGAGGAAAGUGACGAUGGUGGUGCCAUCUCUCAACUCAGAUCUUCUCAAAGAAACUAUCAACAAGGUUGACAAAUGUAUGGAAAGACUGCAAGAGCUACAAUACACAAUAGCUGGAGGUACCAAAGUUGUCUCUGGAGUGAACCUUAGCCCUCGGAGUACCAGAACUUACUUGAAGACUAGUCUUAGAUGCAAGCAAGAAACUUUAAGGAUCAAGAAUGCUACCAAUAAGAAAUCUCCAGUAGGGAAGUUUCCAGCUUCCUCACCAGGAGAUUGGAGGAAAAUGUCACUCCCAGCAAUGUUACUGGGAGAGACUGUAAAUGAAAUCUUACAAGCCUCACAAGUCACAAGAGACAUUGUAGAAGCCAUAGCGCCAAAGAAAUGUAGAAAGUCCAGGAGAUUAACAAUGUCACAAGAAGAUGAUGGACCUAAAACACCUGAGACACGAAGACGUAAAUCCCGGGAACCAAACCCUGAAACUGUUAAUAGCAAUAUCAAAGCGAGAAGGAAGAAAGAGAAGCAGAACAAACGAUCAGAAUCAGAUUCUCCUCCUUCUCUACAAAGGGCUCGCUCAAGAAUUGCAUUCAGAACCAUCUCUCCUCCACUAAAAACAGCAGAGAAUGUUCAAGUAAAGGGAAAUGGUGAGAAUAGCUUUCGGCAUUUGGCUAACAGGGUUUCACCAAAGCACAAACCUUGGGUUAAAAAGGCGGUUCUUUUUCCAAACCCUCUGUUUAUUUCUGGUACAGCUACACAACAAGCCAAGUUCAGUAGAACAAUGUCUCCGGUCAUAGCCAGAAAUGAGAUUUCCAGCAUCAAGAACAAUAAAGAGACGCCACACAAGUUCUUGAUCAAAUCUCCUCCCAAAUCAGCAUCUAAGUUUCAGGUCAAGAUCAAGAGCCCACCUAAGGUAUUGGUUUCUCCUACAAGAAAUGGCAGUAACUUGAUUCGGAGGUCACCUAGGGGUUCCAGUUCUCCGACAAGAAACGUUAACAUAGGGAAGAAGUCGCCUUCUGCGUCCAUUUCUCCUGUUAGAAACUUGGGAAAGAGGUCUCCAAAACUAUCAACCGCUGCUAAGCUCAGAAGAUCAUUUACUCCUACGAGAAAUGGCAGUAACUUGACCCGUAAGUCGUCCAUGUCUCCAACAAGAGUCACGCUUCAAGCAUUUAUUUCUCCGGCAAGAAAUGGUAACUUUAAUAAGAAGUCACUCAAAGCUUCGAUAUCUCCGACUAGGGUGAACAAGCCACAGAAGCUGUCAACGGCUGCAAAGCUCAGGAGAUCAUUUUCCCCAUCGAGACUAGCGAUGAGGCUGGUGUCUCCAAUGAAGAGCAGGAAAAGUGUGGCCAAGUGUGAUGAUCAUGAGAUGGUGAGUGGAUUAAAACAGCGUCCGGUUAUGGUUCCUAAGAGAUUCUCGAUGGGGAGAAUCUAGUAAGACAGAGUUUGUAAUUCAAUCAGAUUUUAUUCUUUGAUUUCUGAUGUGUUUGUGUGAUGUUGAUAAGUUAUUCUUUAAGAUGUUUGAUCGUCAAGAAUCAUAUAUGGGGAAAACAAUAAUUUAUCAA